AUGCGCUCGCUUUUCUCCAGUCUGUGCUUUACGGCAGUUCUUGUUGCACUCGUCACCAAUCCAGCCCAAGCUGCCGUUACUCUGCGAGAUAAAAUCGAAAAGGGCAUCUUCGACCGGGCUCCAGCAACAGAUCCAUAUCCGGAUCAUGCAGGGUGCGCAGCGGCUCACGUUAAUGACGGCAAACCUAGCGUCUUCUUCAGUAACCUAGGUAGCACAACGCCCGCUCAACGAGCCGCUCCUGACACUUUCGCUGCCACUAUUGGCGGUAAAACGUUCAUGAAUGGAUUUGGAAACCAGCCAGGCAAUCCAAGCAAGCGAUUCACAGAUCGAUGGUCAGGACCAGGCUCCCGGAAAUUCUCCGAGGUGUUUGCGCAACAGGCUACCGGAACCGCUUAUGUCCUCUUGCGUGCUACCUCAGGUGCCAAUGGGCCAAAGUCGAACAGUGUAUGGACGGUUCUUGAGAGAUCGGCACUUGAAGCUAACCCGAACGUUCCAAAGAUUGUUCUAGUGGAUCCGGUUACUUUUGCGCCGAGCGACUUGUGGGUGAGAGGCGUUGAUCCUCCUACCACUGUCAAAGCUAAGCGCCAGUCUGGAGUCAUUGUCCUGGACUGGGAUGCACCUGCCGACGGACCGUACUGGCUCGCUCCAAAUGAGUGA